UGCAAGAACAGACACAUUAUGCAUUUUGCAUCUACAUAUCACUCGAGUGUUCGUAAAAAUGGGACAAAAAACAUACUGUAUUAUAAAAUUAUUUGAUGCUAUGUCAUUCCAAAUAAUGACUUCCUUGUAUACUAUGCAUGUUCGCUGAAAGUAAAAUAUAGCAUCCUUAUAAUGCAUACUAUUUUAUUAUAUAUUAAAGUUCAUUUUGAAAAGGAGGAUAACCCCCGUCCUCUGCAUCAAGCAAUGCACACAACCAUCUUUAUUAUAUUAUAUAUUGCAUAUUAAAGUGACAUUUUUUUCUUUGUCACAUCCUUUGGUUUUGAAAAGAAAACAUGUGGUUUAUAUUUAAUAUCUAAGCAUUAUGUUUUUAUAUAAUAUGCAUAUUGACAUUUUUUGUAUGUGUGUGUGUGGUGCAAAUGGCGAAAUAUAGUUUGUCUAAAUUACUUAGGUGAUUAAUAAUCAAUAUACUUAUGUACUUAAACCGAACACAGUGACAUCAGUGGUGGCGCUUGGGGUAUUCCUGGGAAUUCCCUAGAAUACCCAAGAUUUUGGCCUAUUUUUUCAAUACAUAGGAGUAUGUUACAUGGCCCAGGAGUUAAUCCAGCCAACCUGAGAGAGAGGAGCGAGCGCUGUCUAGUUACGCGCGCGGCGAGCAAGCAGCCGAGGCGCCGAGCAUCUCUCCCUCCCCUGUUUUCCGAUUCCUAAACCUAGCGGCGGCGGCGAUUCCAACUCCGUCCGGCCGUCUCCCUCCCCUCGGUCCCUCUCUUCCAAUCCGGCCGGCCCUCUCCGUCCCCGCCUCCCCUCCAAUCCGGCCGGCCCUCCCCCUCCGCCGGUCCGCCCCUCCCGGACUGCCCCGGACCGGCUCGGCCGCUUGGGGAUCCAGCCUCCCCGGACCCUCUGCUACUGCUGCCUGCUGGCGCCCUCCACCUCCAGUCCUCUCCUCCACGGCUGCACCGCUGACCCCUCCUCUACUGACCACGGCACAGCUCCAGUGCUCCAGCAAGAUGGCCGUGAGUACACCCCAGUUCUGCUGCCGGAGUUUUGCCAGCCAGAUGAGACGAUGCCUUUCGACAAGAAGCUGAUUCAGAUCGUCAGGAAGCUGAAGAUUGCUCUGCCCUCCAUCACCGGGAAGCCUACCAAUGCACUUCGAACGGACACUCGCUAUAGGAUUGUGGUGCACAUUCCAGGGAGGACUUUUCGAAGCUUCUCAGAGCCCAUCAACUUUGAGUUUACCGCCCCCACUUGGAUCCUCGGGAGAGACAUGGCUAUUCAUCGUGCACUUGGACACCUCCGAGAAGAGUACAAGGCCGAGCUUAACGCAUCAGACCUCGCCAUGAUUUCCUGCAGAGCUAGAAAUGAAGAUAUCGUGCGCACUGUGGAUGACGACUCCAUUCUCUCAUAUGUCCAAGACCUGGAGACUCACGUCAGGAAUCUGGAGGUUCAAUCACGCCGAAUCUCGAAGGUAUUCAGGAGGUUGAUCUUCCGUGAGCUGAAAUUGGAGGAUAAAGCUCGCGACGACUUCAACGAGCAUGAAGAGGAAGUCAAGGAUUUUCUGGAGAGAAUCGAGGAACUGAAGAUUUAUGUUGCCGUAAUGGAGGAGAAGAUGGACCUGGGAGAAGUUCUCUUUCCUAGUGGUGACGAUUGACCCAUUGUGAGCAAUGAUAAGGAUUACGAGGAGAACUCCACUGAAGGACGCAACAAGAGGAGACACACCACCGGAGGACGCCGCACCGGAAGACGCACCGCUGGAGGACGCAAGGAUAUCUGAGGAGAACGUUUAGUCAUGACCGCCAUGUUAUUCUUAUUUUAUCAUUGAUCGACUAGGCCGUUAUUGUUUUUGAUUAGUCGUGAGAUUUAUAAUCCCAGAUUGUACUAUGUUUGAGUGGAAAUCUAAUAGAUUAGCCGUGUCCCCAGUUACGGACAACUAAGCCUCUGGAAUUGGACUUAUUCAGAACUCUGAACACCAAACUUAAUAAAUUAAUGGUUAUUAAUGAUUUCGGGUAUGAGACACGGGUUGGCGGAACCAUCUCAAUAACAACCAAUAUUUUAUAGUAAUUGCAAGCAAGUCCUUUUGUUGUAGGGAAAAAUUUGCUUUUCGCGAAAACUUAAACUUAGAGCCCCACAGCCAAAAUUGCAUAUAGUGUUAGCAAUUUAUUAUUUUUUCUCUCUAUGACUUGCCGGUAUAUUCAAAAUGCUGACCUACACGGCUGCAACGCAACGUCUAAUGUUACAGAGGAGUUUUCCAACCAGGAGUGAGGCUACGAUCCACGCUCGGUGAUUGCCCUAUGAAGUCGGAUGGACUCGCUUAUCGUCUACGCUUUCGCAUUAUUUUUUUCUCAUUUGGCCUUCGGCCGAAUUUAUUCUGAUGUAAUAGAGACUCUAUAAGAAUCGUGUAAUAAAUCAGGUGUGAUUGAACUUUGAUGUUUUCAUCAAUGUACUGUGUGUGCCAGCAUGAUCUUGUGAUGGUACAGAUACACAGAGACUUGACCGAUUUUGGGUCGAGUCGCUACACUCUGUUUAUUUAAGAAAUCUAAAGAUUUGUUAUAAAUGCCACUGCCUAUGAUUGCUAAGGAGUAGAAGCCAUUCACUGAUUGUUUGUAAACUGAAAUUGAACUAAAUGGACAUUGAAGUUUCAAGAAGAAGAAUGUUUAUGUGAUGGAUUUGAUGAUUCAGUCAAAAAAGAAUGAACAAUAUUAUAUUGUCUACAAACUUCUUAAGUUGGUGCUCAUUUUUCCGGUAGCCACUGCUAGUGUUGAGAGGGUAUUUUCCUCGAUGAAAUAUGUGAAGAAUUCGCUAAGAAACAAAAUGGAUAAUGAAUAUUUGAACAAUUGCUUGGUUACAUUUGUUCAAAGAGAAAUUCUUCAAGCAAGUGAAAGAUGAGGAUGUCAUCAAUCUCUUCCAAAAAGGGGAUCGUAAAGUCAUAUUGUAAUUUCCUUUGCUAUUUGUAAUCUUCCUUAAUUGUUAGAGAUAUUGCCACAGUGAUAUUUUGCUACUUUUAUCGAUGUAUGGUCAUUGAGUCAUUGAUAUUGCCAUCUUAUUGUACAUUUGUUGUUCUAUUUUAUUGCUUUGGCCAAAAAAAUUUGACAGGAAUAGCCAGUAGCAAAUUCCUGGCUCCGCCACUGAGUGACAUUAUUAAUUUCCAGCAAAAAAAAGAAAGAAAAGAAUGCACACAUUAACAGAACAAAAUAAACACUACACGUUGCUCCUUUGUGUUAACAGAUUGAUUAGUAAAACAUUAAUUAGGGACUUUUAUCUUUCCUUAUUUACCAUCAAGAUUUAAGGAAACUAUAAUCAUUUUCCUAAUUACCUGCAAAAAUAAUACUAAUCUCUUUCCUAUUUUGUAGGAGUAAAAUGUCCACAAUAGCCCUGCACGAUCAUGGACAAUUGGACAUUAUCUUAAUUAGUAGAGGUAAUAUAAUACUACUAGUAUUAGCCAGUGGAUGAUAAACAUUUGAUGGUUCCUAUCGAUUGAGAGCAUCCAACGAUGAAACGAGCCGAAAACUAAAAGACAGUCAUCAGACAGACACAGCGAAGCGAGGAGAUGAACAGAGUUUUUUUUUUUGAAAGGAACAGAUUAUUUUUUUGAAAAAAAAAGAAGGAGAUGAACAGAGUUCACGGGAAGAAAGAAGAACGAA